AUGUCUUCAGUUUUUGGAUCUGUCCAUAUCUUGGCCAUGAUAGCCAUACAACUCCUCCUUACACACAGUGUUUCAUCUCUGAACCUUACCAAUGCGUAUCUGCACCACAAAUGCAGCAACACUCAAGGAAAAUAUAAGCAGGGGAGCGCGUUCGAGAAAAAUCUCAACUUAGUCCUCAGUACCAUCACCUCGAUUGGAAAUUUUCGUGACGGUUUCCGCUACACCGAAGAAGGUGAGGAUCCCAAUAACGUCUUUGUCAUGUUCCAGUGUCGCGGCGACUCCUACUGGUCCAAGUGCCCCCCUUGCAUUAGCACCGCCGUCUCUGGGCUUCGUAGGAGAUGUCCAAGAAAUAAGGGAGCAAUAAUAUGGUAUGACCAAUGUCUUUUAAAGAUAUCUUCAGUUGCCUCCUUCAAUAAGAUAGAUUAUGAGAACGAUUUCUAUUUGUCCAACCCAAACAACAUGAGUGAUCGGGGGUUGUUCAACAAGGAGACGUCGGCUCUCCUGGAGAAGCUGGCAUAUAAAGCCUCCGAUAGAAACAACUUGGAUGGUAAACAAUUGGUGUUGUACGCAGCAGGGGAGAAGAGAAUUGGGACAAAGAAGGUGUAUGCAAUGGUGCAGUGUACGAAAGACUUAAUAUUUACAAAGUGCUUUGAGUGUUUGGAAGGGAUUUUGAGGAAGUUUCCACAGUGUUGUGACGGUAAACGAGGAGGGAGAGUUUUCGGUACGAGCUGUAACUUUAGGUAUGAGUUAUAUCCUUUUCUUAGAAACUAA